AUGGAUUCCGAUUUCUCAUUGGAGUCGAAAAACAAGUCUGACUUUUUGUUGGAAUCUCCCUCAUCUCGUUUCCAGCUUUCCUCCCUUCCCGUGUUCGUGGAAUCUUUGGACCAACAGAUGCUCGACAAUAAUCUUUAUAGCAUCAAAAACAACGUCGCCAUUUUGAAGCUGUAUUUAAUUUACCCUCGGGAGGCGAAUCCGCUGGUUAUUCAGAAGAUUCUCAUUCAGUCCUUGACUCAGUUUCCCAGCUCCGACUUUACGGUUUGCGUUGCUCAGAUUCCUUUGCCUCUUCAGGCCAAGGAGCCCGUCGCGAAGAUCAUAAAGCUGCACAGCUUGCUUCAUAAUUGUAUGUUUCUGGCCUUCUGGGAGGCCGCCAAGUCGCCGCUCGAGUGCUCCCCUGACAAGACGAUCUUGGACGUUCCUGGCGUGUGCGACACUGUACGCAGGUUCGUGCUCGACAUGCUUCCCAUGGUGUACCACUACAUGAAGGUCCCCGAGGUCAGGCGCCUUCUGAACUUUAGCUCGAACUCGCAGGAGUUUGAGGACACGCUGUCGCUCUGCGGCUGGGCCUUCGACUCUUCCUACGACAGGGCCGACGAGGAGUCCGGGUCCUGCUACUCUAUCGCCAAGGAGGAGAGCACGAAGAUGAAGGAGGGCGCUUCGAAGCUGAGCCUCAUGGAGAAGUACUUGAGGAUCGAGCCCAUGACUCACUACUACAACACCCUUCACUAG